UUCGGCUUGCUUUUAGGCCCUGCCUGCCUGCAGAUCUGCUUCCUUUUGUUUUUGCCGGGCUCUUUCUGUGCUCCCCUCCUGCUGGCGGGAAACGCAGCCCGCCUGGGCCAGCCGCCCAUCCCGCUCGACGGGCAGGAGUGGGUGAGGAAGGAAGUUCACUUUCAGUUCACUUUCGGAAUCGCUGCAGCGUGGAUCGCCUUCCAGUGGUGUGCCACAUUUCUGCUCUCCAAGCCCUCUCACUCAAUGUCUGCUGGGCCUUGAGGGGGCAUGGCAGACAAGAAGUUGACAGAAGUCCGGAUGCUGUUUGUGGAGUGUGCUAACAAGGCGGUCAUCAAGCAACUUCUGGAUGAUCUGCAGGAAAAGCAGGUCCUCAACGAAGAGGAGGUGGAGGAGGUAAAGGAGGAGAAGAAGAAACAGGACCAGGCCAAGACGCUGAUUGACCAGACCAGAAAAAAGGGCGCCAACGCCAGCCAGAUCUUCAUCGAGUGCCUGGAGAAACGGGACCAUAACUUGACCGAACAGCUGGGUCUGAAAGACUACUUACGCGCUCCAUCUGCUGUGCAAACCCCCUUUGGCUUCAGGACUCCCAGUUUCCCGCUGCUCUCUGAACCCAGCCCCGGACCCAGCCAGCCUCAAGAAGUCCAGCCUUUAGAGUCCAGAUGUGCGAUCAAGCUUUGUCCUCUGGAGCUGUUUCGAAAGAUACAGGCCGAAGAAGCUGGCGAGAUCUACCCUAUUCUGGACUCCGAGAAGCGCACCCACCUUGCUCUGAUUAUAUGCAACAUUGAAUUUGACCACUUGUCCCACCGAGAAGGGGCUGAGAUGGACCUGGUGGAAAUGAAGCUCCUCUUGGAGGGACUCGGUUACAAAGUGGAAACAGAGCAAAAUUUAUGCUCAGAGAAAAUGAGCAGUUGCUUGAAGGACUUUGCUGGCCGGGAGGAACACAAGACCUCUGACAGCACCUUCCUGGUCCUCAUGAGCCACGGCCUCCGGGACGGCCUAUGUGGCGUCAAGAGCCGAGGCAAGGGGUCGGACAUCCUCUCCAUGGACACCGUCUUCUCCACCUUCAACAACCUGCACUGCCCAGCUUUGAGAGGCAAGCCCAAGGUGGUCAUCAUCCAAGCGUGUCGUGGAGAGAAUGAAGGAUUUAAAUAUGUCAGCUACUCAGUGGCAGUUCCUGCUGCCUCUGACAGCCCUUCCCUGUGCCCCACUGAAGAAUUUGAAAGUGAUGCCCUUCGGAAAGUGCAUGUGGAGUGUGAUUUUGUCUGUCUGUAUUCUACGACUCCCGAUAACGUCUCCUGGAGACACCCUCAGAAGGGAUCCAUCUUCAUCAUCAGGUUGAGAGAGCAUAUCCAGCAACAUGCCUGGAACUUCAACUUGGAAGAGAUCUUCAGAAAGACGCGGCGCCGAGCGUAA